AUGAGCUUGAGAUACUCUAGAGUCAUGUAUCACACCAAGGAGAACGAGUGGGCCAUCAUCGACGAGGAAGAAGAGGAAGAGCAGCAGAGGCAAGAGCUGAAGCGCCGCGCCAACCUCAGAUUCUUCAUCGGCGCCUCCUUCAUCGUCCUCGCACCCGCCAUGCUCGGCCUCGCUAAUCACGACCCGCACAAGAUUGCAUCUUUUGCGUGGCGGUCGUGA